UGUCUGGAUAGUUUUGUUUGCAGGCCCAUACCGUGCUGCAGCAUGGGUCGGUGCCUCUCACUGCAGCAACACACACUCCAUUGUGGAGUGUCCUGGCUGGCUUAGCUCAAACAAGAGCAGGCAGAUGUCUGAAGACCUGCUCCCAGUCCUGGCUACACAGCAGUCAUGUGAUGCUGUUGGCUGCAGUCUCAUUGGCUCUCCUGUUAUUGGCCCUCCUCCUGCUCCUGCGACACCUGGGCUGGGGUUUGGUGGCUAUCUGCUGGUUUGAGUUCGUGCAGCAGCCAGUCCGCAACCUGCUCAUGGGUGACACAAAGGAGCAGCGUAUCCUGCGCCACGUGCAGCAGCACGCAAAGCCUGGAGACCCCCAGAGCGUCCUAGAGGCCAUCGACACCUACUGCACACAGAAAGAGUGGGCCAUGAAUGUGGGUGACGCAAAAGGCAAAAUCAUGGAUGCAGUGAUUCGGGAGUACAGCCCCUCGCUGGUGCUGGAGCUAGGAGCUUACUGUGGCUACUCAGCCGUGCGAAUGGCCCGACUGCUGCCACCUGGAGCCAGGCUUCUCACCAUGGAAAUGAACCCCAACUACGCUGCCAUCACCCAGCAAAUGCUGAACUUUGCUGGCCUACAGGACAAAGUCACCAUCCUCCAUGGGGCAUCCCAGGACCUUAUCCCCCAGCUGAAGAAGAAGUACGAUGUGGACACAUUAGACAUGGUCUUUCUUGACCACUGGAAAGACCGCUACCUUCCAGACACACUUCUCCUGGAGGAAUGUGGCCUGCUGCGCAAGGGGUCGGUGCUCCUAGCCGACAAUGUCAUCGUCCCAGGAACCCCUGACUUCCUGGCUUAUGUGAGGGGGAGCAGCAGCUUCGAGUGCACACACUACAGCUCAUACCUGGAGUACAUGAAAGUGGUGGAUGGCUUGGAGAAGGCAGUCUACCAGGGUCCAAGCAGCCCUGUGGAGUCCUGAGCACACAGCCUGCCCUGAGCUUCCCUUCCAGCUUCUUCUGCAUGACAACACACUCAUUCUGACCCCCUCUAUGCCUCUGGGGCUUGUCCUCAGGGGCUGUGCUUCCAGACUGUCAUACACUGGCACAUUCUAAAGGUAGUGAGCUCUCCAUGCAAACCCACUACAAUAACCCUGGAAAGCACCUGUGCAUAAAAGGCUGAAUUGAGGCUAGAGAUGCAGUAGAUCACAGUGCCUGCCCAGCACACAAAAGGCCUCAAGGUUAAUCCUCUGUACCCAAGAACAAAAAGGGAGAGUUUUUAAAAAUAAAAGCAGGUGUCAUCCUGAUGCCCUCAGUAACUGGAAGAUAUUUUCACAGGCUUCAGUGUGGGAUCCUAGGCACUGCAGUCACCAAUUAGCCUGGGGAAGAAGUCAGGAAAAUGAAAAUAUCCAGACACCAUUCGGCUGUCACAAAAUGGCAGCAACAACUCAGAGAAAGUACUAUCACCAGCAACUCACACCACAUUUCAUCUUAAGAAUGAGUCAAACUUUUCAGGUGUGGUGCUGCAUGCCUUUAAUCCCAGUAUCCAGGAGGCAGAGGCAGAUGGAUCUAAGUUCAAGGCCAGCCUGGUCUACACAGUGAGUUCCAGGACAGCCAGGUCUACAUAGAAAUACUUUAGGGGAAGAAAAAAAAGUAAAACCUCUUUGUUAUCAUAAAAGAAAUUAAAGAUCUACAUAUUUGGAUACAAGAAA